ACCUUGACCAGUUUUUUGGCAUGUUUUUUCUCCCACCCCCAAGAUUAUCAUUUGAUCUAUAUUUAAAAGUUUUUAGGCAUGAGUAUAUAAAACAAUGGAAAAUUAAACUUUUGUUUCUAGUGUUUAUAUUAUUAUUGAUUUAUUAUAAUAAACGUGCAGUACAUAAUAACUUUAUUUAAGGGAUAAUAAUAAUAUCCCUAAAAUAUGUGUUUACAGAUAUUGUUUCAAGAUGCAUUAUAUCGCCUCCUCAGUCUGCUCUGUUUAACUCCAAUUGUCUGUUAUGAUACAUUUAUAAAGUCAUAGAUGCUUACUUCUGUAAAAUGAAUGACAGAUCAUGAAAUAAUUUUUCCAGUAACACCAAAAUGUUCUCAUCAUCCAUCUGUUCGUAAUCCCCCAGGCUUUUAAUACAGCUGUGAGGAAAAAAAACUACGAGACCACUCCAAAUUUUUAUUUAAUGAUAAUUUUUAGAUGUUUUUUGGCUAUUCCAGUCCAUUUUCUGUUGAAUUCCAGAAACAUCAAACCUCAGGAGUGACAUAAAGUCACCCAACAGCAACGUGAAAGACUGACAGCAUGGCAAGACACAGAUGCCUUGGAGGAGUGGGGGCUCCUGGCUCAAGGAAGUACAAGAACCAUGGAAGAAAAUCUAGAUUUAGAUCAGAUUGGCAUGGAACUGAAAAUUGUACCAUUUACAUGGAUUCAGCAAGAUCCUUCGGCCCUUCCAGGCAAUAAAACUGACUUACUGCAUGGGUACGGAAUAAUAAUGUACAGAGGUUGCUAUGCGCAAACAUUUGGGAUUGGACAAAAUAGGGGAGGCCAUUCCACAUUUUAUGUGGACUAACUUUACUGCAACCAAAGAUUACCAAAUGUCUGAAGAUCAAGAGUGUUUGGUAUCAGAUGAGGGGCUCUCGGUCCGGACUGAAGACAGAGUCAACCUUAAUGUGUUUUUUGUUCCAUCACAAGAUCAGACAGUGGUUGUAAAGGAUUACAGCAAGAAGAGCUCACAAAAUCAUAUCCUUGGUUCAGAAUCAGACCAGUCACCUCCUCUUGAAAAUAAGAGUGUUAAAAAUAAAAUUAUUUCUUUUGAGGAGAACACAAGGAGUCUAGCGGUAAACUUGCAGUUGAUACCCAAGACUGAGUCUGAGUCUCUUGGCACUGAUAUUUGUGAAGUAAAAACCAAAGCUACAAAACUUGUUAACAUCUCAACCAAUGAUUUAUUAGAAAUUAAGGUUAAGCGAAAAUCUAUUUUAAAAGAAGGUUUUCACAAUGACAAACUUCCAACGGCUGCCAGAGUCAACCACACCAACAAGGAGCCCUGGACUGAGAAUAAGACAUGUUUAGAAUAUAGUAAGGACGACAGUACAGAUUCUAAAACACAACUUUUAUAUCAUGGAGCCAAGAUGUUUGAUAUCGAAGGGACCCAGGCAAUAACAAGUGAAGGAUAUUCCUUGGAAGAACAAAAUGAGGUGUUAGAUUUAAGCCUACCAAAAAAUAGAGAAAUAAAUGAAGAGAGGCAGUGUGAAUGGGUUGUGGACCCUGAAUAUGAAGGUUCACUUCAUAUGGAAGUUGAUGAAAUUGAAGAUGAGCCCGAGCACGUUGAAGUCGAACAAGAGGACAAUGAUGAAAAUGGCUGGAUUCCAUCGAAUGAUGCUCAUAAAUAUCUCUCACAGCAUUGGGAUGGAUAUCAAUCCUCCCCCUGUCCUUCCGUUUCGCCAACGCCUACAUUUACCAACAUAAUGACUCCAGAUCCAAUGGAUACGCUUCUUAUAGAUGAUCAGGGGAUUCCUUAUACUCUAACCCCGGAUGGACAGAAAGUUCCACAGAUUGAUUAUUCACAAGAUACAGUGGAGCUGUCUGAACAAGAAGAUCCAAGGCAAGGUGAAGAUUAUGUCCAGGGCAUUACAGACAAAGCAAAUCCACUGUGUCCAAAUAUGUCUCUAGGCCCUGUUUCUUCAGUUGAAGCUUCACAAGUUGUUCCAAACAUGGAGUCAAAGUCUUUGUACCCUGUUUCACCUGCCGUGUCCGACUUGGCGUCGAUUCCCAUUCAGAUUGUGGCUAAUACUACAGGGUCAAACACUCCCAUUCUGCUCCUUUCUCCAUCUCAGCUUCAGUCACUUUCCUCACCAGCCUCCAAGAGUAAUCCAGGCCUAAUCACCCUUUCUUUACCAGUUCAGAGACCACAGACCUCCUCAAUGUUCCUUGUUUUGUCAUCUCCUCAGGUGUCUUCGACUCAAAGCUCACCCUCAACAGGGCAGCUAUCUCAAAUUUCCUCCACUUCCACUGUUGCACUUCCUCUAGCUGCUUGUCCGCUUGACCUGGGAUCUAUAGUAUGCGCACAUCCCUCACUUCUCAGCCCCAGCUCGGUUUCCUCUGUCACAGGUACAGACAUCUCAGGACUGAAUAACCCCUCUAAUCUUCCUCUUAGCCCUACCUCAUCAACUGCCUCCUCAAGCACUUCCACAGUGAUCUCUACAAGUCCAAGCAAGCAAUCCUGCAUCGAUGCCUAUGCUGACUUGCCAAUGCCCACUUCUUUUCGUGAGGCCCUACUCAGAUUAGCAGUGUCUGCUGAGAAGAAAAAUGAAAGCCAUGCUCAAAAUAUUGAAACGCAAUCGGUCGUUUCUUCCUCCUCACAUUCUGAAGAUAAAAACCAUGAGACGGAGACAAACUUUGAUGACCAUACCAUGUCUACCUCAGUAGACCAAACAGACUCAUUAGGCGACAUCUCCAAUGACACUUCACCGCCUCGUCCUGCGUCACCCUUAUUUACCAUGGAUAACUCGGCGAACCAAGACACACAAGGUCCACGUCGCAUUCUUUACUGUCAGUACUGUCCACGGGUCUUCUACUAUCUCUCGGACCUCGAACGGCAUUCCAUCACGCACUCGCAAAACAAACCCCAUGUAUGCCAACUUUGCGGCAAGGCGUUCAAACGUUCAAGCCAUCUCGAGCGACACAAACACAUCCAUACUGGUCAGAGAAACUUUGUGUGCCAGCUGUGCCCUCGGCGUUUUCGGGAGUCCGGAGAGCUAAUGAGGCACCAGAGAGUACACACGGGUGAGAAGCCCUUUCAGUGCUUAAUAUGCCACAUGCGGUUUGCCGAGCGCAAUACGCUGCGGCGUCAUAUGAAGCGCAAGCACCAAGGUCAACAGCAGGAGGCGAUGGACAUGAAUGCAAAACCUCUAGGGGCAGGGAUUUCCCUCUCUGGUAUACAGGAAGAGCCAGAGGAGAAUGCCGAGUGGUACAGCUCAACGCUUCCUGAAAUGGAGACUGACAGUGACACAGGGGGUGAAUGAGCCGCUUGAGGGCAAAAACAAUAGAGGUUUAGAGUUUUACAAGAAGCAUUGAUGUAAAUACAUUUUAUUUAUUCUGUAUUGAUAUAACAGUUUCUUUGCCAGAGUUUGCAAAUUGUCUGCAUUUCAUUCCACUUAAAUCUUGAUGACUGAACCCAGCGAUGUUCACUUUUAAUUAUAUUACGCUUCAAUUAUUUAGCUGACAUUUAUGUUGAGUAAAUUUGAAUCAAAAAUU